CGACAGAAGCACCGAGACGAAGGAGAUCGCCGACGGCAGGCUGUGAACACCGCAGUGUGCACGCGACCGUACGGCAGCCCGCUCCCUCUCUCUCUCUCUCUCUCCCCCGCAACAACGCCAGCGACGACGCGCGGCGGAACCGUCACCUUUGUUUUGAAGCGAAGUGGCGGAGGAGGUCCCGAGGGGGUCCGAGAAAACGCGAACUUAACGUCGCGCCGCAAACCGUCGAGAUAGAAGAGUCCAGGGGACCCGAUGCCACGGUGGAUCCAUACCGGCUCAUCCAACACGACUGCCAACCCCCGCCCCCCCACAUCCCUAUUUCACACCCCCCAAACACUGUGCGUCGCGGGGUGUCUUUGGACCGCAAAGGACUGGCAAAUGUGAAGCGCUUUCCCCGUGACUGCUCAGUGGAACGAUUUGUCUUGGAUCACAAACGUCACUGCACAGCCAAAGGUGCAGCGGGGGCGAGGCAGCUCUCGGGUCCCAACAAACCCGCCGCCAUGGAUGUGGAUGAGGAGGAGAAUAUGAGUUCGAGCAGCACCGAUGUUAAGGAAAACAGAAACCUGGACAACGUGUCCUGCAAGGACGGGUUGGGAGUGGCUGAGCAGCUCCCCAAUGGAAGCGGCCUGGGCAGUCGAAAGCGCCCCCUAGAGGAGGGAAGCAAUGGCCACACGCACUCCAAGUUCCGCGCCAAGAAGCGCAAGAAAACGCCGGGCCCGGUCCUGCCCAAGAACGCCCUGAUGCAGCUGAACGAGAUCAAACCGGGCCUCCAGUACAAACUGCUCUCCCAGACGGGGCCGGUGCACGCGCCCGUCUUCGUCAUGACCGUGGAGGUCAACGGGCAGAUGUUCGAGGGCAUGGGCCCGACCAAGAAGAAGGCCAAGCUGAACGCGGCGGAGAAGGCGCUGCGCUCCUUCGUGCAGUUCCCCAACGCCUCGGAGGCGCACCUGGCCAUGGGCCGGACGCUGACGGUCAACACGGACUUCACGUCCGACCAGGCGGACUUCCCGGACAUGCUCUUCAACGGCUUCGAGACCCCGGCCGCGCCCGAGGAACCCUUCUAUCUGGGCUCCAACGGCAGCGGCUCCCUAAGCUCCCUGGGGGAGUACCCGCUGCCCGCGCCGCCCGGCAGCAGCCUGGCGCAGGCCCCGCUGCCCCCCCCGUCGACGUUCAGCUCGCCGUCCAGCGGCAAGAACCCGGUCAUGAUCCUCAACGAGCUCAGGCCGGGCCUCAAAUAUGACUUUGUCUCGGAGAGCGGCGAGAGUCACGCCAAGAACUUUGUGAUGUCGGUAACGGUGGACGCACAGACGUUUGAGGGCUCAGGGCGCAACAAGAAGCUGGCCAAGGCCCGGGCGGCGCAGGCGGCGCUCUCGGCUCUCUUCAACAUGCAGCUCGACCAGACGCCGUCCCGGCAACCCAUCCCGAGCGAGGGCCUGCAGCUACACCUGCCCCAGGUUCUGGCUGAUGCAGUGUCUCGCUUGGUGGUGGAUAAGUUCAGUGAGCUGACAGAAAACUUCACCUCCCCCCAUGCACGACGGAAAGUGCUCGCAGGAGUCGUUAUGACAACAGGGACAGACGUCAAAGAGGCACAGGUCAUCUGUGUCUCCACGGGAACCAAAUGCAUCAACGGCGAGUACAUGAGCGACCGCGGCCUGGCUCUCAACGACUGCCACGCGGAGAUCAUCGCCCGGCGCUCGCUCAUCCGCUACCUCUACAGCCAGCUGGAGGUCUUUCUCGGCAAGGAGGACCACCACAGGUCGAUAUUCGUGCCGUGCGACAAGGGGGGCUACAGGUUAAAGGACAACGUCCAGUUCCACCUCUACAUCAGCACCUCGCCCUGCGGAGACGCCCGGAUCUUCUCCCCUCACGAGGCCGGAGUCGAAGACCAAGGAGACCGACAUCCCAACCGGAAAGCACGGGGGCAGUUGAGGACCAAAAUUGAGUCGGGAGAGGGCACCAUCCCCGUGAGGUCCAGCAACACCAUCCAGACCUGGGACGGCGUGCUGCAGGGGGAGAGGUUACUCACCAUGUCCUGCAGCGACAAGAUCGCAAGGUGGAACGUGGUGGGCAUCCAGGGCUCUUUGAUGAGCUACUUCACAGAGCCGAUCUACUUCUCCAGCAUCAUCCUGGGCAGCCUUUACCAUGCCGACCACCUCUCCAGGGCCAUGUACCAGCGCAUCGCAGAAAUUGAGGACCUGCCUCAGCAGUUCGCUCUCAACAGGCCGCUGCUCAGUGGCAUAAGUAAUGCAGAGGCCAGGCAGCCGGGCAAGGCCCCCAACUUCAGCGUGAACUGGACGGUGGGGGACGUGGCCCUGGAGGUGAUCAACGCCACCACGGGCAAGGACGACAUGGGCCGCGCCUCGCGCCUCUGCAAGCACGCCCUCUACAGCCGCUGGGUGCGCCUGCACUCCAAGCUGUCCUCCAUCUUGUGGAUCAAGGUGCUGAAGCCCAGCUCGUACCACGACGCCAAGCAGGUGGCCACGGAGUACCACUCGGCCAAGCAGGCGCUCAUCAAGGCCUUCCACAAGGCCGGCCUGGGGGCCUGGGUCAAAAAGCCCAGCGAGCAAGACCAGUUCACCCUCUGCUCCUGAGGGAUCCACCAGGCACACACACACACACACACACUCCAUCUGUCCCUGACCCAGGACUGAAAGCAAGAGACCCCCCCCCUCCUCCCCUUCUCUCCCCAAUAGGAACAAGCCCACAGAGACACUUACCUCCGUCCCAUGUGUCGGCACGUCCUGCACUGUGGAAAUGAACGUUCACCAACCAUCCACAGCUCCUCGCUGUCAUUCCUCAGAGGACUUGAUUUUAAUGGUUUUUUUCCUGCUGGUUUUCUGUUUUAAAACUGGAAUCUGUGCUUUUAUGCCGUGGAUGUGGAAUUUGAAAUUAUGCAGUUUUUAUCUAUUUUUCGGAUCCACGAGUGUAGCCAGUUUAGGGUGAAAUGUAGCCUAAAAAAAAAAAAACGAUGUAUGGACCAUAAAUGCUGAAAAGAAAGAGAAAUCCCAAAAGCUCUAAAACAUUUGAAUGUGUCAUUUGGUCGGUUCGUUGGAUCCCUGCAUUAAAGAGUGAAAUGUUCUAAAUGCUGUGUUUGAUUCGCUGACUGGUGAGAACAGGCCAGAGGUCACAGCAGGUCGGCACACUUCAUGAAUCCGUGACACUCUCAUUUCAUACUUGAACAGUGAGGGAGGGAAAGGGGGCGUUGUGGCCUACUCCGCCCUCCAAAGCCCCUCCCCUUUUGCCCGCCCCCCUCCUCGCCUGGGUCUCUGGACGAGCUGCUGCACGUUGAAUCUUUUCCUCCAUCCAAGCCAUGUUUUUGCAUGGGAACUGAACCGGGAAGCCUACGGAGCAGGAAAUACACGAAGAAGAAGCAGUAUGGUGCAGAGCCCUGUGCUCCCAUCACUGAAUGAUUGCCAGCAUCUUCCUCCACAGGCAGCUUUGAAUCUUUGUCUCUCUUUUGUAAAGGUGUUGUAAUUGUUUGUUGGUUUGAUUGUUUCAGGGGGGGGGGGGUUGGGAUUUGUCUUUCUUAAGAUUGGGCAUAUAGGAUGUGGGAUGCUACUGUAGUGAAACUAGUGGUGAGCCGACCUCCUACGAUCGGUUUGAACCUUUAAGGGAACAGACGGCGUGUGGAGCUGCAGAUGGUCGCAAACACGCAGUGAUCCACCACGUCGACGUCGGCCAAGACGGGUUAUAACCAAAUUGUAUCACGGUGUGAUGUCGUUUCCUCUGUCUUCUACAUCUCCAGCAACACCUGUGUGAGCUCACCUUUACACCCUGAGUGCAUAGAUGUUUUAGAUAGUGUUUUCCAAUUUGUAAAUGACAAAAUAUUUACCAAGUAACUGCAGUCAAUUCCUAUUCCCAGCUGUAGGAAGUGUGUGUGUGUGUGUGUGUGUGUACUCUGGAUACUCCACCAAAGAUGAUGUCCAUGUGUGUUCUGUCCCACUCUUCUGGCUUCCUCCUAUUUUUUGUUUUCAAACCAACCCUUUACUGUUUUUUUUUGUUGUUUUUUUUGUAUAUUCACUGAACAAUGUAGUAAUUGCUACAAAAACUGUUUAUUCCAAUCCGUAUGAGGGAAAUCUCAAAUGUCAGUACUUCUUCAGUGGAUCUGUAGCCGUCAGUGGACAUGUGUACAUUGUGAGACAGCAAAUUCUCUGUAUAUAAGGAACUACACAAAUCUGUUCAUCCCACCUUAGAAAAGUGUUCAGAGGUGGAGGUGGUUCUCCACGAGUCACUGGGCACCGUACGUAACGCAUGGCACCAACACUGCCGGGCUUUUAACAGGCUUCAUCCCCAUUGUAGCCACCAAUGUUUGAAAAGAAACACAACAAAAAAAAAAAAUGAAUAUGCACUGUAAGGUGCCUCAGCUAAAAGUGGCAUCCACAAGCUGGCACGUGUGAUGUCAUAUAUGUACCUUUUUCUUCUUUUUUUAAAUGUAUUUGAUUGUUUUGUGAGUAUUAGAAAAGCAGGUAAGGAGAACCCAACACAGCUGAUUGGAAGAAAAAAGAAAAAAAAAACAGCCCCCCCCCCCCCUCCCCCCCGACAAAUAGGCCCAGACCAAAGUCACAAGCAAUACUCCUGACGUCUCCUUUUAUGUCGCUCCAUCACAAACAGGAGUCUGCCCCCUCCCCUUUUGCUUCAGUCUUUUUUGCCCCCCCCCUCUCGACUGCCUGCUUCUGAAGUGGUUUCUUUUUGUUUCCUUUAACUGCACUAAAGAUGUCAACUGAUGAUGUCAUGAUAAAACCGUCCCUGUUUAUGGAUCGGAUGAAAACUAUCACAGCAAGAACUGAACAGCUUCCGCUUAACCCUUUGUGAAUCCUCGAUGAUGGUCAGUGCCCCCCCCCCUCCCCCCCCUCGACGACUCCUCUGCAGGUGUGCCUGUAGUGGAAUACUUUUGCCCCCCCCCCUCCAGUGGUCCACACUCCACAGCAUGUACUACCAACACCGAAGCUGCACCUAGCAUGAAGACUCGAGUAGAAAAAAGAAGAAGAAAAAACUCUAAACAUGGAUAUAGAAAAUGAUCUAAAAAAGAAUAAAAGAGUUCCUAGUUUACUUUUGCACAUGGUUGGGAUUCUUUCUCA